CAGGAGGAUGGAGUCAGAACAGGAAAAGUGAGAAGAGGUAGGAUGAAGGAAACUGGGGGAGAAGGGAGGGAAGGAGAGGAGGAAUCAGCCCCUGGCUGCAGCAAGCUGUGAUUUGAAGUAGCAUAGGAGAGUUCAUCCUAGUGCAGAGCAGAUCCUAACUCACACCAUGAUUCUCUUCAUAAAAGCAUGCCUUGUGGACCAUAGGCUGAAAUUGAAGGUCAUCUUCCUCUUGUCUUCAGAUUUGCCCUUUUGGCUUUCACAUGGAAGCAGCUUCUCAGGUUUAGGUUGGGUAGAAUGUGAGUAGACAUUAAUGAUUUCUUUACACCAGAGAUGAUUUUAGCCUGCGUAACAGCUAAAGAGUGGACAAUUCACAGCACAAAGGUCAGUAGUGUUCAUUUCUUUAUUGACUAUAAAGAGACUAAAAUUAGAAGUGCUGAUGGAUGUUGUACGUGCCCUUCACAGCCUAACCGGACUACAAGCCGUGUGAACCUUUACUCAGAUUGUGCUGUUCAGAAUCAUAUCUGUUUGUUUAGCUGUGUGGAUAACAGCAAGAGGAUUUCACCAUUUUGGCUGACAGCAGCAGGGAAAGCAACCCGGUUCCUUUCAAAACCGCCUCGGCAAAUGACAACAUAGCUGAAGGUUGAGUCACCUGCUUGCCAAGGGCUGGUGUGAUAAGGUAGACAAACUGGAAAACCUGGUGUUGCAUAGUUGAGAGGUGUAGUUCUGAGGACGAGGCAAAUCGACACUUCCUCCAUAUCCAGUUUCUCUGUGGCUACUGCAGACAACGUCAUUUCCAAGGAAUUCCCCUUAUUUGCCAGUGUUUUCAGAUCACUCCCAUGAAAACUAUCCAGACUCUCCCUCUUACUGUCUCCAGCCUCGUACAAAAACUGUUACUGAUCAUAACUGCAGCUGAAACCAGAAGGAAAUGAGCUGCCUUCUUGCUUGCUUCAGAGACAGAGGUCCUCGCGCAGAGACGGAGGCUAUGAAAAGGCAAGGCUGCGUUCAGGAGCAUGAGAUCAUUGAAUUAAGAGAAGAUAACACGGAGGAAAGUGAGGCUGGUCACGACAAGCCUCCAAACGCUCAAACCAGAAAGGAGACAGGUCACUGGAGAUCAUGUACGAAUGUCGUUUUCUGGAAGUGUAAACUAUGGAUGGUUAUAGCUACAAUUUUUCUAGUAUUCUUCCUGGUCAUUCUCAUCAGCCUAAUUCUUUAUUCUAAUGUUUACACGGAUGAGGAUGACUAUUGGGAUGCUGAUGCACUCCUAAAUAGUGGAAAUUGUCACAGCUUUUUGGGAACGCUGGAAUUAAUGUGUGAUCUCCCACACCUUGUCUCUGAAGACAUUACUAAGAAGUUAACAGAUGUCUACAGUUCAUCUCCAGCUCUAGGACGUUACUUUAGGUCAGCUCGGGUGGUUUCUUUCAGUAAUGAAAACUCCACUGUAUUUUAUCAGCUAGAGUUCUCUGUACCACCACCAACAGAGGGGUUUAUGGAAAACACAAUGAACCCAGACUUUAUAAAGAACGUUUUACGUCAAAAUAUCUAUGAUGAAGAUGAUAUUUCUAAUCCUGGGACACUUGAAUGUAACAAGUUGAAGUUUGACCCUGCUUCUCUCACACUGACAUAGAAAAAAUGGAAGGACUCUUCAUCUUCCUCACCACCUAGAAGAGGGGGCUUCUCCUAUCUGUUAGUAACCCCAGGAUAGCGAGUUAUUCAUUAGUAGAAACACUUCUAAAGACGUUGUCCUGCACAUGCUGUCCGUGAUGCAGUAUUGUUAAUGGAAAAUGUAGUACAUUUGUAACAGUGUUGUACUCCUAUAACACCACUACCUCCUCCUUUAUUGUUGUCCUGAUAUCUCAAUAACUCAUGUCACUCACGAAAAUCAUGUAUGGUCUGUUGGCUUUGAAACCUCUGCUUUGUCUUACCUUAAAAUUGAAUCUGGAUUCCAUUAUGACCUUUAAAAAGCAGUCUUGCAUAUGGCUCAUUGCUUCUUCACUUGUCUCAUCCAAAAUUAUCUGCACAACUUCAUCCUUAAUGAUCACUUCCACUCAUGUUCAUGUCUGUUACUUUUUUCCCCUGCUAACUACGUAUGCUGUGCUUCCCCAUUGUUCUUUCCUCAUAAAACAAGCAGAAAAGUUAAAUAUACUUUCUAUUUUCUUUAAUUACAUGCAAGACCUUUGCACUAUCUUCUUAAGUGGCCUUCAAUUCCCAUCAUCUCCUUGUUCAUCCUACAGUCUUACUGGAUAAGGUGGUAUCUGCUUUAUUUUUCUCUUCUGUAAUGUGAAAUAGAAAUGAAGGAACAAACAUUGGUAAGACAUACAUCUUGCUCACUGAUGCAUUUGAAUGCUAUAGGAAUCUUUCAAGGGUCAGAUUAACUGUGUGUUUUAAUAAUUAGCUAGUGGUACUGGAGAAUAGACAACUAUUUGAGCCAUAUUUGUAAGUCCAAAGAGAAACUAGCCAAUAUUAUUAGUUACAGGCCUUGUCCCAGCAGUGGGGAUAAAAAUGAACAGAUGCAAGAUAUUUGCAUUCAUAAGGCAGCAAAUGGCUCUUCUUGUUGACAACAGAUCAGAUGAGAUAGAUAGACCAAUGAAUGCUAAGAGGAAGGUGCUGAAACAGACCUUGUAGGCCACAGUGGCAUGAGAGUUACAGCUAGUAAUGGUUAGUUUUAUCUAACAUGUUAGACAAUAUUAGAGCAUUAACUUUAUGUGGAAUGGAUUCACUACCAUGUUAGUGAAAGAUGGCUUCUUGUCAUUUGUUUAUAGCCAUUAUCAACGUUAGCACUAUUGGAGAGACAAAUUUGUUUUAAGAAACCUUUUGUAUAGUAAGAAAUAUGGGAAAUUGUAUGUCUUUUUUUU